AUGGAGGGUGACAACGUCGGCGGGGGGGCUCCGGCUAGCUCCAGGUGGAAUCCCACGAAGGAGCAGAUCAGCAUGCUUGAGAGCUUGUACAUGCAAGGGAUAAGGACGCCGAGCGCAGAGCAGAUACAGCAGAUAACUGGCAGGCUUAAGGCCUACGGUCAUAUCGAAGGGAAGAACGUGUUUUACUGGUUUCAGAACCACAAGGCUAGGCAAAGGCAGAAGCAGAAGCAGGAGAGUAUGGCUUAUGUGAACCGCUAUCUUCACAAGACUUCCCCUUUGUUCCCUCCUCCAUGCCCAAAUGUUGUUUGCGGCCCAUACUACGUACCACAGAGCGACCUAGGGUUUUACCCCCAGUACCCCAAGGUGCUUUUGCCUGGUGGCAUAAGGAGGAGGCCGAGGACAGAGAGAGUUGAGAAGACGAAAACACAUGGUGGUGGUGGUGCAGGAUACGAAAUGAUGAUGCAGGCAGGCGAUAAUAACGAGGGGUUGAUUAACAGCUCUAGCAUUGACUGUAAUCAAGAGACGUUGGCUCUGUUCCCACUUCACCCAACUGGCGAUUUACAGCGCUCUUCUCAUGCUGAAACCUCUGCUGAGAAUUCCACUACUCUUUCUACCUCCUCUGAGACAGCCACCACCCCAGGGAUCGAAGAUGGGUCUUGUGAUCAACCCUUCUUUGAUUUCUUUUCUGCCCCUUCUACUGAGACUAUUUGAGGGUUUGUUUCUUUUUUUGGUAAGGAACAUAAUGGGUGUG